ACAAAAUAAGGUAAAUUGGAAAAUAAGGAAAAACCUUUUUCGAUUUCGAUCUCUCCUUGGUGAAAAAGGAAAUUGAAAGGGGAAAAAACGCCGACAACAGUAAACCAAACUUCUCACAAAAACUCCUUGGAAAGUUUUCACCUUCUUUCAGCCCUAACCCCAUCGUCUCUCUCUCGCGACCGCCUCAUCUCUCUCUGUCUGGAUCAAUCUCGCUCUCUCUUUCUCUCGGCUACGUCGCUGUUUCUCGUUUCGUGAUCCGUAGCUGUCUCCGCUACUACCUUAAUCAGCGAGCUUCUUCCGGUGGAAUAAUCUUCGGAUAGGAGGAAUCGGAGAAUUCUUCUAAUUGGGUGUCUGGGUUGGAUUGGAAUACGUAAUUCUGUUGGGUGUUCCAAUUUCGCGUUCAAAAUUAGGGUUUAUAGAGGUCUCGCCUAUGGCUCCUGGGCGUAAAAGAGGAGCGAGCAAGGCCAAAGCCAAAGGGCAGUUGGUUCUCGGUGAUCUGGUUCUCGCCAAAGUCAAAGGCUUCCCUGCUUGGCCUGCCAAGAUCAGCCGGCCUGAAGAUUGGGAUCGUGCGCCAGACCCAAAGAAGUACUUUGUUCAGUUCUUUGGAACAGAGGAAAUAGCUUUUGUUGCGCCACCUGAUAUCCAAGCCUUCACUAGUGAGGCAAAGAGCAAACUAUUAGCAAGAUGUCAAGGUAAAACUGUCAAGUACUUUGCACAAGCUGUAGAGCAAAUCUGCACUGCAUUUGAAGGGUUGCAGAAUCACAAGUCAAAUGCUUUGGGCGAUGAGGAUUCUCUGGAUGCUACUGAACCUGGUUUGACAAAGGCUGAGAUAGUGGAUGGAACAGAUCAUAUUGUCAUUGAGUCUGAGAGAACUGAUAACUUUAAUUUUAGGGUGGAUCCUUGCUUCCCCAAAUUAGAUGAGAAUAAUGGUGAGGAGAGAAAGGCUGAGAUAAGGAAGCUAGAUUCAUCUUCAUUUCUGGAAUCAAAGGUCAAAACCACAUCCCCUGUUAGCGAGUCACUGGAGCAUAGUUCAUUUGACCCUAAAAUAAAGAAAGAAGAUUUUGAUAAAGGAACUGACGGUAGUGCUUGCAAUGAACAUUUUGGUAAUGGCCAAAAGAAGCUGGCUAACGGUAAGAGAAUUAAGAAGGAAGCAGGUGGCUCUGAUAGAAAAGGUGAAGAUACAGUUCAUCGAGACAAAAGCAAUAACUCACAUGUGCCUGGUGGUCGAACUGCCAGUGGUAACUCUGAUUCCAAAAAAUCGAAAGGUCUGUUGACAGAGAAAACCAGCUCCAAAGUGUCUGCUGAUAAGCAUGAAAAUUCACCUGGCAUCAAGGUUGGGGUUUCCGGAAAGAAAAGGAGGCUUGAAAGUGAACAAGGUAAGCUUGCACCAAGAGUAGAUGAAAGCUCACGUGCUGCUAAAAAGCCGCGAUGUGAAAGUGCAGACAAUAAAGUAAAGUGUGAAAUUGAUGAUGGAUCUGAUUCUACUGGGACUGUAUCAGAUAUUAAGCGUGAAAUUGUUUUAGGAUUAGGUGCUCGCGGUGGAAAUUUUCAAUAUGAUAAAGAAGCAGUUGCAUAUACAAAGCGCCAGAGACAGACAAUGGAGCAUGCUACCUCUCCUUCUUUUUCUGGGUCUCGUGAUAAAUCUGGGAAAGGUCAUCUGGAACAGAAAGACCGUUCCUCUCCUGUUCGUAAUGUUAAGGCUCCAGCUGCACAGUCGCUGAAAAAACGGAGGGCUGUUUGUAUCUACGACGAAGAUGAUGAUGAAGAUCCAAAAACCCCAUUACAUGGAAAACCAGCCAUUGUUCCCCAAGCAGCAUCUGUUUUGACUGAUGGUCCUAAAAGGGCUAAUGUGUGUCACAGUACUUCUACAAAAGCUAAGAUAUCUGCUGGAUCUACAGAGAGUACUGAAGUAAGAAAGUUCCCUCUGCGUAAACAUUGUGAGGAUGCAUCACGUGUAUUACCAAGCAAUGCGGAGAAUUCUACUAAUAGCUUACCUGUGGUAAAACCCAUUAAUGAAUUGCCGCCAAAGGAUGUCAAACAGAUCUUGCAAUCUCCGAAGAUGUCCCCUCAGCUGGUUUUAACUAACAAGCACGUUGCAGGACAGCAUAAAGUUGUAAAAUCAUCGGUGAAAGUUUCUGGUGUUGUGAUGGCAAAGAAGCCUCAAAGUGAUUCUUGUAAGGAGGCGGUUGCGGGAUCUGACAAAAUAAGCUCUUCUCAGUCUCAGCCAGCAAAUCAGAGACACAAAUCAGCUUCAGUUGGAGAGAGGCUAACAGUGGUUUCAAAAGCUGCAUCACGUUUGAAUGACUCUGGUUCAAGAGACAUGUCUGAGGACUUGUCUGCUGCUAUGCUUGACCUCAAUAGAGAAAAGGGGAGUGCUACAUUUACCAGUGCAAAGACCCCAGAUUCGGCUGCAUCUAUGAAGGAUCUAAUUGCUGCUGCGCAGGCAAAAAGAAAACUUGCACAUACACAAAAUUCAAUUUUUGGGAAUUUGAACCCUAGUUUCUUGAGCAUCAGUGAUACACAGGGGAGGAGCCAUAGCCCAUUUAUGGUUCAGAAUGCUUCAGCUUCUGCUGCCAUCUCAAUGCCGUUAGUUGUUCAAGGUCAUCAUCAACAAGGUUCUUCUCCGUCAAAUCAUGGGCAUCAGUCCUUAUCAAGAAAUCAGAUUGAGACUGAUGAUAAUGAAGAGAGAAGACUUAGUUCAGGGCAUAAGUCAGUUGGAGGUUCACUUAGUUGUAGCACUGAGGCUGCUAUUUCUCGGGAUGCUUUUGAAGGCAUGUUAGAGACCUUAUCAAGAACCAGGGAAAGUAUUGGACGUGCAACUCGCCUAGCAAUUGAUUGUGCCAAGUAUGGGCUUGCUAGUGAGGUGGUGGAACUUCUCAUACGAAAGUUGGAAAGUGAAUCUCACUUCCAUCGUAAAGUGGACUUGUUCUUUCUCGUCGACUCUAUCACCCAGCAUUCGCACAGCCAAAAAGGUAUUGCUGGUGCUUCUUACGUUCCUACUGUGCAAGCUGCUUUGCCACGUCUUUUAGGUGCCGCUGCUCCUCCAGGGACUGGUGCUAGUGAUAACCGUCGUAAAUGUCUGAAGGUCCUGAAGUUGUGGCUUGAAAGGAAAGUUUUCCCUGAAUCUCUUCUGCGUCGUUAUAUUGAUGAUAUUAGAGCUUCUGGUGAUGAUGCAACUGGUGGGUUUUCCCUGCGACGUCCUUCUAGAUCUGAGCGUGCUGUAGAUGAUCCUAUCAGGGAAAUGGAAGGGAUGCUUGUUGAUGAGUAUGGCAGCAAUGCAACGUUUCAGCUGCCAGGGUUUUUUUCAUCUCAUAAUUUUGAAGAUGAUGAAGAAGAUGACGAUCUUCCAACAUCACAAAAAGAAAAAAGCACAUCUGCGGGGGAACGUGUCAGUGCUUUAGACGACCUGGAAAUACAUGAUACCUCGAGUGAUAAAUGCCAUCGAGUUUUGGAGGAUGUCGAUCAUGAACUUGAAAUGGAAGAUGUAUCAGGCCAGCGGAAAGAUGUAGCACCUUCCUCUUUCUGUGAGAAUAAGACAAAGGAGCAAUCACUGGAUGUUAUGGAACCUGUUGCAGAAAAAUCAACCGAGUUCAAUCCUCUUCCAGAGGAUUCUCCUCCGCUACCUCAGGAAUCACCUCCCCCUCUCCCUCCUCUACCACCUUCUCCCCCACCUCCAUCCCCUCCUCUCCCGCCAUCAUCUCUGCCACCACCGCCUCCCGCAGCGCUGUUCCCACCUCUUCCACCACCUCCGUCUCAGCCUCCUCCACCACCACUUUCACCUCCACCUUCACCGCCGCCUCCACCUCCACCGCCUUCACAAUCAUUAACAACUCAACUCUCCAUAGCUAGCCAUCAUCAGAUACCAUUUCAACCAGGAUUUCCUCCCCCAACAUAUCCUUUAUCGCAUCAAACAUACCCAGGAUCUAUGCAGCAAGACCGCUCUAGUAUUUUCACCGGUGAUCAAAUUGUCCAGGGGCCUGGAAAUUCUUCACGUGGAGGUCUUGUUGAGGGCGCUGGAAAACCCGAAUAUUUUGUGCAGCAGUCCUCCAGUUUUUCACCAGCAGGAGUGUGCAGCUCCAGGGAGCCUUCAUCAUUUACUUCCUCCAGACAACUAGAAUUUGGGAACAGCGAUGUACUUUUCAAUCCUGAAGCUUCUUCACAGAACCAUCGGUUUCAGCCGAGCACCCCUCUGUCCCAAAGACCUAUGGUUAGGUUGCCUUCAGCACCGUCCAGUCAUUUUUCGUAUCCAAGCCAUAUUCAAUCACAAUCUCAGCAUUCCUACACUCAUCCUUACCCUUUCCCACCUCAACGUGAUGAUGCACGGCGAUACAGAAAUGAGGAACCAUGGCGGAUUCCUUCAAGUGGACAUAGUGCAGAAAAUCAGAAUGGUGCCUGGAUACAUGGAAGAAAUUCACAUCCAGGCCUUCCUAGAGUCACAGACAGUAUGUAGAUGCUUAAAUCCUAAUAGACCCUUUACCUGUUAAGGUUUAUUAACUUGCAUGAUUGCUUGUGGAGUUGUAAUCAUUGUGAUACUUCUGUUGACUAUGAUUGUCUAGCUUGUAUGUUAAUGCCAUGGCUUAGUUCCUUGAAAUUGAUGGUCUUAUUUGCAAUUCUACAGGUUUCUUUCGGCCACCUCCAGAACGUCCACCUUCAGGGACAAUGAACUAUCAGCCUUCUGCUGCUAGUAACUUACAAGCUGUCCCUGCAAUUCCAGGUCAUACUGCUCCCCAGAUGCUACCGUCUCGGCCAGAUAUACCUACCGUGAAUUGUUGGAGGCCAGCUUGAAGUGAAGGUAGAAUUUUGUUGGCCUGCUCCUGUUAGUAUCAAUGGAAAAGAAGCUGCUAGUGUCUCAUUAACAAGGUUAAUCCUCUAGGUUUGGUUUUCUAAAUACUAAAGUCAAGUCUUUUAUCAGUGUUGUCAUCAAACAGUUACAGUUAUACUACUUUCUCUUCCAUGGAGGCCUUUUUCGGAUAUAUCCACUUCCAGAGGCACAAAAACUACUGCAGGCUUUUGCCAGGAUUCUGUAUAUUGUAUUUUUUUCCUGACAAAUGUAUCUGUGGAUCAUAUUCUUAACAGUAUAGGUUCUUUUUUUAUUGGUUAGUACUUCAGUUCCUGUAAUUAUGCCAAUCACAAUUUGCUCAAAGCUUUUACUGGAAUGAUUUGAUCUUCAUAGUCAAACAUAGUUUUUUUUUUCAGUUUUUG